GUGUUCAGCAAAAUUCCAUGAUAUCAAGAAAAAAGAAAGAACAAAAAAAUCUGGAUACAGAUACCUUAUUAGAAAAGCUCUGUGACGUUCAGAGGGCUUAUAAAACAGUGUAAAUUGUUUCUUGGCGGUGAAUGGAGCUUCCCGCUGUUUGUUCGCGAAGCUUUGGAGGAGGUAACUUGCUGUUCUGGGUUAGACCUCACGUUUACUCUCAUAAGAAGUAUUCCAAGAAUGGAAUUACCAUUAAGUAUAUAGAUCUCCAGAAGCACAUCGGAUCAGAAAAGGGGUAUUCGUCAACGAGUGCUCGAGGCACCAUUUAUUGUUCAACUCAGCAGGAAAGCAAUGCUGGCUUGCCUUCUGAUCAUAUUGGAGUUAGUGCAAAAGUGAUUUUUGCUGCUGCACCCGCAAUGGGUCAUAAUCAGGAAUCACAUCCAGAAUGCAACUCUAGAGUUCCUGCAAUUUUGACAGCUCUGGAAAAGAUGAAACUGACUUCUAAGUUUCGAGGCUCAGAUAUUGUUGAAGUGCAGAAUUUCAGACCAGCUACAAUAGAUGAUAUAGCGAGUGUUCAUGCUGGGGCAUAUAUCUCAGGGCUUGAGAAGGCUAUGGAUCAGGCUUCAGAGAAAGGUCUAAUUUUCAUCGAAGGAUCUGGGCCAACAUAUGCUACUGCCACAACAUUCCAAGAGUCAUUAUUUGCAGCUGGAGCUGGAAUUUCGUUGGUUGAUUCAGUGGUGGCAGCAUCGAAAUUUAGGAAGGAUCCUCCUGUCGGUUUUGCGCUCAUUCGACCUCCUGGUCACCAUGCUGUUCCAAAGGGCCCCAUGGGCUUUUGUGUCUUUGGAAAUAUUGCUAUUGCUGCUCGUUAUGCUCAACGAAUGCAUGGAUUGAAGCGUGUUUUUAUCAUAGAUUUUGAUGUUCAUCAUGGAAAUGGAACCAAUGACGCCUUCUAUGAGGACCCAGAUAUAUUUUUCCUUUCAACUCACCAAGCUGGAAGUUAUCCUGGGACUGGCAAGAUAGAUCAAAUUGGUUCUGGAAGUGGUGAAGGAUCAACACUGAACCUCCCUUUACCUGGAGGAUCAGGUGAUACAGCAAUGCGAAAGGUGUAUGAUGAAGUUAUUGUACCAUGUGCUCAAAGGUUCAAGCCAGAUAUAAUCCUUGUUUCAGCUGGGUAUGAUGCCCAUGUGUUGGAUCCCCUCGCCAGCCUGCAGUUCACAACAGGAACAUAUUACAUGCUAGCCUCUAACAUUAAGCAACUUGCCAAAGAUUUAUGUGGAGGGCGUUGCGUGUUUUUCUUAGAAGGGGGUUAUAAUCUCAGUUCUCUGUCAAAUUCAGUUGCGGACUCGUUUUGUGCCUUUCUUGGGGAGCGGAGCCUGGCUGCAGAGCUAGAUGAUCCAGCCUACUUGCACGAAGAACCAUUGAACAAGGUGAAGCAGGCAAUAGAAAAGGUAGGGGCUGAUCAGUCUCCCCAACAGGCAUUAACUCAUCCACUAUUGACAUGGCGAGUUGGAUUUCUUCAGAGAUGGCGCCAGGAAGAUCUUUUUCAAUACUGCUCAACUCUUCGAUGGCAUACUCGAUGGAUUUUAUUUGCUGGAGAGCUUCUUCUUGGUCUUUAUUUAGGGUUUGUCUUUUGGCAGCGAAUUCCACUGAAUGAAGGAUGCGCUUGAGUUUCUUCCUAAGGAUGCGGAGGCGCUUGUUGGUCACCUUCAUCACUGGUUUAAAUUCCUCUUUGUCGUUCGACGCCAUUGGUCCAUCUUCAACUUCGUUUAACUCAUUCCCCUCAUUCUUCAAACAAUUAUCCUUUACUUUUGACAUGGCGAGUUCGAUUUCUUAAGAGAUGGCGCCAGGAAGAUCUUUUUCAACCAUGCUCAACUCUUCGAUGGCAUACUCUAUGGUUUUCUUUUGCUGGAGAGCUUUUUCUUGGUCUUUAUUUAGGGUUUUCCCUUUGGCAGCGGAUUCCUCCGAAUAAAGGAUGCGUUUGAGUUUCUUCCUAAGAUGCGGAGGCGUUUGUUGGUCACCUUCAUCAUUGGUUUAAGUUUCUCUUUGUCGUUCGGUCCAUCUUCAACUUCGUUGUUCGACGCCAUAGGUGGAGGUGGACUAGAGUGGAGUGGUCGGUGAAAUGGUUAGGAUUUCUAGAGAAAGGGUUUAAGGGUUUUUAUAUAAAAGGAAGGAGAGGCAAUCGAGGUGUUUUGAUCGUCAAUUCGUAGUUUGGAUGUUGUUUGGUGUGAUUUGAGUCCUCGAGCAAGUUUGCAUUAUGUUUUGGGAAUGGUUGGUAUAAUUGGACGGGGUCCCGGGGACCUCAGGUGUGUUUCUGAUGGGCUACAGGUCAUUUCGCCGUGUUUGAGCUGUUGUUUUUGAGAUCUGGUGCAUCCUUCUUCGCAAUCGCGAAGAGCAAAGUGUUGUUCCACGCUUUGAGAUUUGGUGCAUCCUUCCGUGGUUAUAGCACGAUCGCUUUAAUAAUUAUAUCUGGCUUAACUAAUUCUGGAUAUUUUAUGUUCUAGGAAAAUUUAUGCACUUUUGCCUUAAACCUCUUUUAAUUGCUUGAUUAUUCGUAAUUAUGGAAUUAUCUUGAAUCGAGUUACGCGUACGUGUACUCAUUUUGUUUGGCACAUUAAAAAUCAUGUCACG